AUGAAUUUAGUGCAUAUCAAGACUGAGGACUCUAGGAGCUUGCUCCCGGCAGAGGCCAUGGGCGGAGGAGCAAAGGGGCAAGUACCCGGUGAUAAUCAACAUCCAGAUGCACAAGGUAGGUACGGACCUGUGGCGGUGGAAAACCGGAUUCUUGGCCCGGCCGUUGCAGUUCCGGGACGCAACAGCAGCGAAAAUGUCAUGCGCAGUUUCCAGCAAGUACCACAUCCAGCAGUCGCCCUGGGGAACCCUAUCAGUACUUCUGCGAACUCUGGGCUGGUCCCAGAUCCGAUCCCCGCCUACUCGCACCCAACGGGGAACUAUCAGGCAAACAACGGGAUGUCAGAUCCCUCGCUCCAGGAGUACCUCUCGCCCUUUUUCCAGCCAUACGGAGUUGAUGUCUCACACUUCCCUCUCACAAAUCCGCCCAUUUUCCAGAGCUCCUUGACGAACUUCUCCGACCAUCCCAGAAGGCGCAGAAUUUCCAUUUCCAAUGGUCAAAUCAGUCAGCUUGGCGAGGCAGGGACCACUUUCGACGAUCUGUACUAUAGCCAGCCCCCACCCAUGCCUACCAGACACGAUUUGAGAGGCACGCAUGUGGCCCAACAGCCGCAGCAACUUCCUCAAGCUGCUCAACUGCCAGCCCGUCCCCCGCUCCCUCACCAACAUUCAGGCCACGCCUCCCACCUGGAGGUCCCAACUGUUCACCCGUCUCAAGCGCACUUGCAACCUAACAUGUUAGAGCCUUCAAAUCCGGUGGCACCCUCGCAGCACAGCCCCAGAUCGCAAGAAUAUUCUGUCCUCCCGCUGCACUCACACCCACACCCCAUUACGCCAAUAAUAAACGAUGAGAUCGAUCCCAAAGAUACCAGUGCUUCUCGUACUUUUGGCACUAAUCAAGACCGCAAGGAAGGAAUGGGCAUUGAUAUGCUCAGAGAUCAUCACGCGUAUGCGCCAAAGCGACAGGAAGUAUUGCCUGGCACGCCUGCCUGGAAGAGAGCUCGCUUGCUUGAGAGGAACCGCAUUGCGGCUUCAAAAUGCAGACAGCGGAAGAAAGUCGCUCAAAAACAGUUGCAAGAAGACGUCGCCGUGCUAGCUGAGGAAAACACACACAUUCGAAAGCGCUUACACUACUACGAAAAGCUGGUUUCUAAAUUUAAGAAGUUCACUGAAAUGCACAUGGCCACCUGUGGCGGGUCGGAGCAACUCAGUAUGAUUGAAGAGCUGCUGAAAAUCGACCACAAUAUGACCGAACUAAGUCCGGACGAAUCACCUAUUCCUGGCGAUACUACUCCCCAAUAG